CACAACCUCUCUCUCUCUCUCUCUCUCUCUCUGUUCCCAAAUAUCUCCGGAAGCUUUAAGGUUGUUCUUGAUCGUGGUCCCGUCUGCGUUCUUGAAAAACUCUCGAGGACGAAGCCAUGAACUCGAUCUCGAGGCACUUACAGACCCCAUCCUCGCUCUUCGCCUCCCUUGACUCUUGCCCAGACUCGCUCCGCACGCGAACGCGCUGUCAAGUCCCAAUCUUGCCGCGAAACUCGCCUGUUUCGUCCUCAAGGUUUGCGGCGUCACUGAAUCCGGUUUGUUCAGGUUGGUGGUGUUCUCCUCAUUUGCUUCCGACAUCACAAGCUGUUUCGUUUGUUUUUGGAAGACACGGCUCGAGCAAAUGUAAGUCAGGGGAUUUCUCGGAGUCUCUCGAGCUGGAGCUGGGUCGGGAGUCGUCAUCUGAAUCAAUGCAGCCAUCUGUGCCAACGGAGCAGUUUUCUAUCGUGGAGAUCUUAAAGAAAGCAAAUUCUUUUCUGCCUCAUGUUGUUCUUGCAAGUACGUUGCUGGCUCUUAUAUAUCCGCCGUCCUUCACUUGGUUCACCAACAGGUACUAUGCACCUGCACUAGGGUUUCUGAUGUUUGCUGUGGGGGUUAAUUCCAGCGAGAGGGACUUUCUUGAAGCGUUUAAGAGACCCGCUGCUAUUUUUGCUGGCUAUAUUGGCCAGUUCAUUGUGAAGCCUCUUCUUGGUUAUUUCUUUGGCAUGAUGUCUGUAACAAUGUUUUCGCUCCCAACAUCCGUUGGUGCUGGGAUUAUGCUGGUGUCUUGUGUGAGUGGGGCUCAGCUUUCUAAUUAUGCUACUUUUCUGACUGACCCAUCAAUGGCUCCUCUGAGUAUUGUCAUGACAUCAUUAUCUACCGCUACGGCUGUUUUUGUGACCCCUUUGUUGUCACUUCUUCUCAUUGGCAAAAGAUUGCCGGUCGAUGUGAAAGGAAUGGUUUCCAGCAUUUUGCAGAUUGUCAUUGCACCCAUCACUGCAGGGUUGCUCCUGAAUAGGUUCGUCCCUUGGAUUUGUAAUGCCAUACGGCCACUUUUGCCGCCACUCUCCGUCUUUGUGACGGCUCUAUGCGUUGGAGCACCUCUUGCAAUAAACGUUCAUUCCAUCAUGUCUUCAUUUGGUUUGAUGAUCUUGUCACUCAUUAUAGCAUUUCAUCUGUCUGCAUUCGUCAUUGGAUACUUCCUUCCCGGUUUCAUCUUCCAGAAGGCUCCUGACGUAAAGGCAUUGCAAAGAACACUAUCCUUUGAGACAGGAAUGCAGAGCAGCCUUCUUGCGCUCGCUCUAGCUAACAGAUUCUUUCAAGAUCCACUUGUGGCUGUGCCUCCAGCUAUCUCUACUGUGAUGAUGUCUUUGAUGGGCUUCUCCCUCGUCAUGCUUUGGGCUCGGAGAAGAGCGACCGGCCAGUGAAGCAGAUCCUCCUGGGAAAUGCUCACCAUGAUUUCGACUUCGAUCCUCCAGUUUGCAGGCUUGGAUGGCAAGCUCAUUGACUUUUGGAGGUUACGCAUAGGAAAAUGACGUAGAGAUGGCAAUGUUCCUUUAUGUGAAAUCUGAUUUCGAUAUUCUCUUCCAACUUUGAUACUGAUAUAUUGUCGAAAACCUAUGUAUGGUUGCAGACUGCCGUUGUAGGAAUGUUUGGCUAUGCCUCGGAUGCUUACUAGAGAUGUUCGAGUUUAGUCAAUAAAGUUUAAUUUAAGGGUAAG